AAAGAGAAUGAAAGAAGUAGAUAAUCUUGAAAGUAUAAAAGAGAAGUGGGUUUCUGAAACAGGAUCCAACAAUCAACCUCUUAGUGAUAAUCAACAAACAAAUUGUGAAUAUUUUGUUGAUAGCCUUUUUGAGGAAGCUCAGAAGGUUGGUGCCAAAUGCUUGUCCCCUACUGAACAGAAGAAAGAGGUAGAUGUAAGUAUAAAAUUAUGGAAAAAUGGAUUCACAGUCAAUGAUGAUUUUAGAAGUUAUUCUGAUGGUGCAAGUCAGCAGUUUCUGAACUCUAUCAAAAAAGGGGAGUUACCUUCAGAAUUACAAGGAAUUUUUGAUAAAGAAGAGGUGGAUGUUAAAGUUGAAGAUAAGAAAAGUGAACUUUGUGUGUCUACAAAGCCUGUGUUCCAACCCUUCUCAGGACAGGGUCACAGACUGGGAAGUGCCACACCAAAAAUUGUUUCUAAAGCAAAGAGUAUUGAAGUUGAAAAUAAAAAUAAUUUGUCUACUGUUUCACUGAACAACUUGGAGCCCAUCACUAAUAUACAGAUCUGGUUAGCCAAUGGGAAAAGGAUUAUCCAGAAAUUCAAUACAUCUCAUAGGGUAAGCCACAUCAAAGACUUCAUUGAAAAAUACCAAGGAUCUCAAAGAAGUCCUCCCUUUUCCCUGGCAACGGCUCUUCCUUUCCUCAAAUUGCUAGAUGAGACACUCACAGUGGAAGAAGCAGAUUUACAGAAUGCUGUGAUUAUUCAGAGACUCAAAAAAACUGUCGAACCUCUCAGAGAAUUUUCAUAGAACUGAUUUUUAAGAGACUAAGUAGAAAUUUUGCAGAGAAAUGACGGUUGUAAGUGGACAUGCAAAAAUGGGAGAGAGGACACAUCAGAUUCACGUGACUUUUGGUGUGAGUGCUAUUUAACCCUCUUCUGAGGAAAAGAGUUUUGAAUAAUUUUAAGUUAAGGAAGUAACAUGACUAGAAGCUAUAUUUAAUGUACUUUUCCCAGAAGGCUACUCAAUAAGAAAAAUAUACUUACUUUCAAAAACCAGUUCAUCAGGGCUGAGGUUGUAGCUCAGUGGCAGAGCACUUGCCUAACACGUGUGAGGCACUGGGUUUGAUCCU